AUGUCAGACCCCAACUCGCCCCAUAUCAAAAAGCGCGAUACUCCCCCAUGGGGACUAUACCAGCGCGAAAACUUCUGGAAACUCAACACGGGCGAGGUUCCACCAUUCAACACUCAUCCCGAUAAACUCGAGGAACUUGCCAAGAAGAAACUUACAGAAAAUGGCUGGCUUUAUGCAUCUUCCAACGCAGGUCUGUCGGAUACUCAUCUCGCGAACCGUCAAGCUUUCUUUCGGCAUAAGAUUGUUCCGCGCCAGCUUGUAGAUACAAACGACCGGACUACAAGGACCACCAUUUUUGGACAUCAAGUCUCUGCACCUUUUGGUAUUGCGCCUAUUGGCAUCAAUAAGAUCUACCAUCCUCAGGGUGAACUGCCUGUGGCUCAAGUUGCGGGUGAGCUUGGUAUUCCGUACAGUCUUUCCACCGCUGGGUCUUGCCCGAUCGAGGAUGUCGCAGCAGCCAACAACGCUGGUCGUAAGAUUGCAAAGAACAGUGACGAGAGCCAUCGUAUCCCUACGGGCCCUCGAUUCUUCCAGCUCUACAUGCCUCACGAUGACGAGUUGACUACUUCACUGCUCACACGGGCCCAUGAGUCUGGAUUUGAUGCGUGUAUCUUGACAACUGAUACUUGGCAACUCGGAUGGCGACAUGACGAUGUAGCUACAUCGAAUUACGCCUUCUAUCGUGGUAUCGGAGCAGACCUCGGUCUAUCGGACCCAGUAUUCCAGAAGCGCCUCGCCGAGCAUGGGAUUGACCCAAAGAAGCAACCCGCAGAAGCUGGAGCACUCUGGAUUGACAACGUCUGGCACGGACGAGCAUGGUCUUGGGAGAAGGCUGUCUGGGCUCGCAAGAAGUGGCAGGAAAUCAGUAGCGGAAAACCCUUCCUCAUCAAGGGCAUCCAGCGAGUCGAUGACGCAGAAAAGGCAGCUGAUCUCGGCUUCGAAGGUAUAGUGGUGAGCAACCACGCUGGUCGUCAGGUUGAUGGAGCAAUUGCAAGUCUUGAUGCUCUUGAACAGAUCGCUGAGAAGGUCGGCGAUCGGAUUGUCGUCACUUUCGACAGUGGUGUUAGAGGCGCAGCCGAUAUUGUCAAGGCGCUUGCGCUGGGUGCCAAGUUUGUCUUUAUUGGGCGACUGUGGAUUUGGGGACUGAGUAUCAUGGGAGAGCACGGCGUACGACACGUUUUGAAGGGACUUUUGGCUGAUUUAGAUAUUCUCAUGAAUGUCGCUGGUAUUAACAAGGUGGAGGACAUCGACAAGAGCCUUAUACAAUCCUUCCAGGGGAUUGACUGGCCGCACAAGAGCAAGUUGUAA